AUGUUUCUGAAUAAGCUGGUAUUCUUACAGCCGGAGACAAUAGUGGUCUACGCGCACGUGGAGGGCUUGGAGUGCACGGGGCUCUCCCAAAACCAGUUCGACCGUCUCAGCUUCAGCUCGGUCACCAUGCGGCUUAACUUCGACCUAGUGUGGCCAAGGAUAGCCUGCUCUGUCCAAUCACAGGGAGCUAAAGCAGCCGUCCUCGGGCGCGAAUUUGAAGCUUCAAAUUCUGGAAUCCUGCAGUUAACUAACACCCGCGUGGAGGGCAGUGUGCGCGUGCGCGCGAGACCCAUCAGUGGCGUCAGCAUAAUCGACUGCUCGUUACUCUUGAGCACAAACAUGGAGUCCGACCUGAACGUGGAGUGGCAUGGACGCGACAUCUCCCACAAGGCGAACGGGGUGGUGGAAGCCUUGAACAAGCAAAUGCAGGACAAAAAGGAGGCGAUUGGGGUCCAGUUGUGCAAGCUGUUGGAGCUGGCAACGUGAACAUGACAUACCAGGGACUACCUCGAAAAUUGUAUCUCUAUGUUAAUCAUGUCUUUUAUGCUGUCUACUUU